AUGGAGUUGAAUACCAUCAAAGAUGCGUUUGAUCGGGUUACAAAAAAGCAAAAGUUGUACUCGUCUAAGUCUCAAGAAGUAAUAGAACAGAUUGGUCAAGAAAUUGAACAGGCAUUAACAAGAAUACAGUCAGUUCAUGAUGCCACAUCUCCACCUGAUCAUAAGUUGAUUCUGACUGAACUGAAAACCAAGUUGAAAGAGAUUGCUCAACCCAAUCAGCUGGAAGGCACACAGAAGGAGUUGAACAUUGCAUUGAGCAAGUACCCAAAGCUCCUGGAGAAAUCUUUCAAUCCUGAUAUAUCAAAGGCCUACAGAAAUUUUGAUUUUGACGUUCACACGGUUAAUCAGAUAAUUGCUAGCCAUUUCUAUAGGGAUGGCCUGUUUGAUCUUGGUGAUUGCUUCAUUAAUGAAGCUGGGGAAGCAGACGCUAGAGAUAAGGUAUUUUUCCAGGAAAUGCAUCAAAUACUUGAAGCCAUGAAGUCUCUCAACCUAGAACCAGCACUCAACUGGGCUGCCACCAACCAUGAGAAACUUAAGCAAAAUGGAUCAAACAUUGAGUUCAGACUUCAUCGCUUGCAGUUUGUGGAAAUUCUACAGAAGAGAGGGAGAGAUGAAGCUCUGAAGUACGCCAGAACUUCUCUAGCACCAUUUGCAACCAACCAUAUGGCUGAAAUCCAAAAGCUCAUGGCCUGUCUACUGUGGGCUGGAAAGCUCGAUUCUUCACCAUAUUCUGAAUUACUAUCCCCAACCCAUUGGGAAAAAUUGACUGACGAACUAACCCAGCAGUUCUGCAAUCUUUUGGAUCAAUCCUAUACAAGCCCGUUAAGUGUGACAAUUGCAGCGGGAUUCCAAGGGUUGCCAACCCUUCUGAAGCUGAUGAAUGUCAUGACAGGGAAGAAGCAGGAAUGGCAGUCUAUGAAGCAAUUACCUGUGCCAAUUGAUUUGGACAGGGAGUUUCAGUUCCAUUCAAUCUUUGUAUGUCCUGUGAGUCGGGACCAGGCGAACGAUGAGAACCCUCCAAUGUUAUUGUCAUGCGGGCACGUUCUCUGCAAGCAGUCUAUUACAAAACUGUCCAAAAACAACAGCGCACGGCCUUUUAAGUGUCCUUACUGCCCCUCUGAGGUUGAAGUAGCUCAGUGUAGGCCGUUGCACUUCUGA